CUCACUGUUUCUCUCUCUCUCUCUCUCUAUCUCUCUCUCUCUCUAUUUUCAUCUCACUCUCUCGGUCUCUGUCUCUCUCUUCAGUUCCUCUUUCUUUCUCCUCUGACGCACUCAACCUGCAGUAUUACUACCUGUGCGUAGUGAAGCUUGUCGGGCCGAUCCAGAGGUGUUUCUAGUGAGUAGCAGGACAGGACAGAAGUGUGAAGAGACCGCUGAACAGACUGAACGACUGUUCUCAGGAAGUUGCUCACCUGCCUGCUGUGUCUGUCAGAGGAAUGAGGAUGAGACUUGGAAACUGACUCUCUUUCUCUCUCCUGAAAUGCCCAAACUGGACUGACUGGUGUUUCUGAACUGUUUGAAAUGUCUCACUCUGUCAUCACGACCAGUUGCUGAGCAGGAUGCCCUCUGACCUCCAGGAGCGUCACCUGACCUCCAGCUGCGGCUUCUAUAUCAAGACUGAGCCCUCCUCCCCCUCCUCCUCAUUGGUUGACACCAUCAGCCACCACAGCCCCUCGGCCAAUAGCGACUUCAGCGGCAGUUACAUCAACGCAAACAACCUCAACGGAAGCUCGCACGUCCUCAACUCCCCGCCCAUGUUCAACCCGGGCAUGCUGGGAGGGGGAGCCUGUCUCCGGAGGUAUGACGACUGCGGAGAGGGCGUGGCGGAUGAUUCUCCAAUCAAGUGCGAGUAUAUGUUGAAUGCAAUACCAAAAAGGCUGUGUCUGGUGUGUGGGGAUAUCGCAUCAGGUUACCACUAUGGGGUCGCCUCCUGUGAGGCCUGCAAAGCCUUCUUCAAAAGGACCAUACAAGGGAACAUAGAGUACAGCUGUCCAGCCACUAACGACUGUCAAAUCACCAAGAGGAGACGCAAGUCCUGCCAGGCCUGUCGCUUCAUGAAGUGUCUCAAAGUGGGCAUGCUCAAGGAGGGUGUGCGUCUGGAUCGCGUGAGGGGCGGAAGACAGAAGUACAAGAGGAGAAUGGGGGACACGGAGGACGGGGCCUAUCUAGGCCUGACACUCCCCCCUCCGGCCAAGAAGCCAUUGACAAAGAUCGUGUCUCACCUGCUGGUGGUUGAACCAGAGAAGAUCUAUGCCAUGCCAGACCCGACCAUGCCAGAUGGAUACAUCAAGGCCCUGACCACUCUGUGUGACCUGGCUGACAGAGAACUGGUGGUCAUCAUCGGCUGGGCCAAACAUAUCCCAGGAUUCUCCAGCCUGUCUCUAGCAGACCAGAUGAGUCUACUGCAGAGCGCAUGGAUGGAGAUCCUGGUCCUGAACAUCGUGUUCCGCUCGUUGGCCUAUGAGGAGGAGCUGGUGUAUGCUGAGGACUAUGUGGUGGAUGAGGAGCACGCUCGUCUAUCUGGCCUGCUGGACCUGCACGUUGCCAUUCUGCCUCUGGUCCGACGCUAUAAGAAGCUGAGCAUGGAGAAGGAGGAGUUUGUCACACUUAAGGCCAUCGCACUCUCCAACUCAGACUCCAGGCAUAUAGAGAAUGUGGAGGCUGUGCAGCGGCUCCAGGACUCUCUCCAUGAGGCCUUGCAGGACUUAGAAGGUGGCCACAACACGGAGGACCCUCGGCGGACAGGAAAGCUGCUGAUGACCCUUCCCUUGCUCCGUCAGACCGCCGCCAAGGCCGUGCAGCACUUCUACAGCAUCAAGGUGCAGGGAAAAGUGCCCAUGCACAAACUCUUCCUGGAGAUGCUGGAGGCCAAGGCUUGAUAAUUGGGCGGGGAGGCUUGAAUGACAGCUGCAUCGCCCAAUGAGGAUGAAGGACAGCCCCUGAAUAGGAGGGGUGAUGCUACGGAGAACCUAUGACAGUGACAUUAUAACGCUGAUCGUUGUUUCUAUGGAACAAAAUUAAUGAGGAAUAGAGGGAAACGAGACAAACUGAUUUUAAGGGUGUAUAUAAAGAUGCUGUGUACAGAACUGCUGUUAUAAUCAGAGACUCUUCAGGCUAGAUCACCUGUAACUACUGAGAGGUUUGGUUUCUUUUCACCUUGUGAAUAGGAAUGGUAUGAUCUGAUCAAUCUGAUUGGUUAGAGCCACUCAAGUAUCUGAUCAAUCUGAUUGGUUAAGAGCUACUCAAGUAUCUGAUCAAUCUGAUUGGUUAGUGCUCCUCAAGUAUCUGAUCAAUCUGAUUGGUUAGUUCUACUCAAGUAUCUGAUCAAUCUGAUUGGUUAGUGCUCCUCAAGUAUCUGAUCAAUCUGAUUGGUUAAGAGCUACUCAAGUAUCUGAUCAAUCUGAUUGGUUAGUGCUCCUCAAGUAUCUGAUCAAUCUGAUUGGUUAAGAGCUACUCAAGUAUCUGAUCAAUCUGAUUGGUUAGUGCUCCUCAAGUAUCUGAUCAAUCUGAUUGGUUAAGAGCUACUCAAGUAUCUGAUCAAUCUGAUUGGUUAGUGCUCCUCAAGUAUCUGAUCAAUCUGAUUGGUUAAGAGCUACUCAAGUAUCUGAUCAAUCUGAUUGGUUAGUGCUACUCAAGUAUGAUUUUUUUCUGUUUUUAAAUUUUUAUGUCAGUUGUAUAACAUUAUAUUCUGGUAUAUAUCCCAGUCAACAGUUUAGACACACCUACUCAUAAGGGUCUUUCUUUUUGGUUGUUGCUAUUUUCUACAUUGUAGAAUAACAGUGAAGACAUCACAACUAUGACAUAACAGAUAUGGAAUCAUGUAGUAACCAAAAAAGUGUUAAUAAACAAAACAAAAAUAUUUGAGAUUCUUCAAAGUAGCCACUCUUUGCCUAUUUGAUGACAGCUUUGCAUACUCUUGGAAUUCUCUCAACCAGCUUCAUGAGGUAGUCACCUGGAAUGCAUUUCAAUUAACAGGUGUGGCUUGUUAAAAGUGAAUUUGGAGAAUUUCUUUCCUUCUUAAUGCGUUUGAGCCAAUAAUUUGUGUUGUGACAAGGUAGUGGUGGUAUACAGAAGAUAGCCCUAUUUGGACAAAGUCCAUAUGAUGGCAAGAACAGCUCAAGAAAGCAAAGAGAAAUGACAGUCCAUCAUUACUUUAAGACAUGAAGGCCAGUCAAUACGGAAAAAUUCAAGUACUUUGAAAGAUUAUUCAAGUGCAGUCGCAAAAACCAUCAAGCACUAUGAUGAAACUGUCUCUCAUGAGGACCGCCACAGGAAAGGAAAACCCAGAGUUACCUCUGCUGCAGAGGAUAAGUUCAUUAGAGUUACCUGCCUCAGAAA